AGCUGUGCUUGUGCGCCGCGCAUUUCGCAACCCGUGAGAGGCAUCGAGCACGCUGCACGUACACAUGAUGACGCAAACAGUGCGCACCUAGCUGCCCGCGGCGCUGCGCAAGCCUUGGGGCUGCCCCUUGCAACGCACUCGUGCUGCCGCCGCAAGAGCCGCGGUGCUGCGUAAAAGCCAUAAGGGGCUGCCCCGUGACAGGAGUGACAGGCCAUGGGCAAGGGCGGCCGGCAGGUGGUCCCGGCGCCGCCGCUCGCCGGGCCGUCCAGCCGUCCGGGCUCGGCCGUAAGUCGUCCAGGCUCUGCCACCGCCAGCCGCCCGGGCACGAAGGACCUCCGCCACCGCGCCGCCGCGCGCCGCGCAAAGGACCCGACCUCGGACAAGGAGCGGCUCCGCGCCAAGUUCAUCGAGCAAGUCAAGUCGUACAUCGGCACGCCCUACGCGGAGAGAUAUCACAAGGAAGGCGACGAAUUGUACGGCCAGCCCUUGUAUCUCGACUGCUGCGGGCUCUUCCGGCAAGUCUUGCGAGAUAUGAGAGAGGACUUCGGCUUCGAUGUGGGGCCGUGGAACCAGUGCUACCUCUAUGCAACCUUACCGACGAAGCUGUCGUUCAAAGACGUCAAGCCCGGUGAUUUACUGUUCGUCCAGGGCCGCUACACACGUGGACGAGAGCGGCGCCAGAAAGGGGAUAUUGUACAUGUGGAGAUGUACCUCGGAGAAGAUCUCGGGAGCGGUCCCGAGUCCACAUUAGCAUCUAGAGAUCAUUGGGGCUGCGUAUCCAUCCAAGACUCGUUCAAGUACGCGAGCCCGUGGUACGAGAUCACCGCACUCCAUUGGAGAAGCUUGGACGACUGGCUCGAGGGGCGCUGCGACCCGGUCGCCAUGCCGGGAUGCUUUCGGUCGCACGACCCCUACGGCGAGAAGGUCCUCGACCAGCCGUUUCGGUCCCACACGUCGUUCUUCCGGGACCCCGAGGCCUGGCGCUGGCUCGCGCAGAUCGGGCUGUUCCGGGCCGCUUGCCGAGCAGCGGCGCAACGGCGACCCUUACGCGUCUGGUCGUGCGGGUGCUCUUCCGGCGAGGAGUUGUACAGUCUCGCGUUAUUGUACAGGCACCGCAUCGUGCCGGUCCUGGGGGCGAAGGCGCCGCGGCUCGAGUGCGUGGGGUCGGACGUCCGGCAAGACUUGCUAGACAAGGCAGCUGACGUGCGCGAGCGGCGGUGGACGCAGGCGGCAAUUCGGACGGUGCCCCUCGAUAUACUGAAGAAGGGCUUCCGGGCCACCGCGUCGGCGACGACGCGCGCCUAUUGCUUGCGCGAUUCAACGCUGGCGUCGCCUUCCGUGUGGAAAUUAAUCCUUCGGCCUUGACGCCAUCGACGGCGUCUCAGAUGUGAUUUCCACGCAGGUCGUCCUUCGCGUUCAGGAUCGAGGACGCGGCCUGCGACGCGCCCGACGACGAACCUGAUAUCUUUGACUUGGUGCUGUGCCGCUAUGCAGCGUUCCUCUACUGCGACGCGCCCGGCGCCCUCCGCGCGGCGGAUCGCAUCUCGUCGCGCCUUGCGCCGGGCGGCGUCGUGCUGCUUGGAGCGACGGACCCCAUGCCGCGCGACUGCUCGCUCGAGCCGGUGCCCAAUUCGACAAACGCCUGGACCCUCGAUCCCGAAGCCGACGCGGCGCUGACGAGCGGCCGGCUCGCGCAGCCGACGCUCGACGCCUACAAAGCGGCGCGGCGGCGACGGCCCGCGCGGCCGCGUCGGAGCGCCUCGGAGCCGCCGCGGCGCCCGGUGGCGCGCGAGGACAGCGUCGUGAGGCGCCGGCGCGCCGCGUCCGUCGCCGCGCGCCGGCGCGCGGCCUCGGCGGCGCAAAAGCGCGCGGCGCAACCGCCCGCCGCGCCGAAGGAAUCGAAGCUUAUCUGGCGCCCGUCGACGCGAGGUGCGCCCGCGCGCCCGCCGCCGCCGCCGCCGCGCCGGCGAACGUCCUCGCGCCCGUCGAAGCCGUUCCUCUCGCGCCUGGCGGACCAGGCCGAACAGCAUGCGGAAAAAUUGAAGCAGCUCCGCGCGAAGACGCGGAAGGAGUGGAAGGAGGCGGGGCGGCCUUGCAAGCCGAAGCGUCGGAAGCGCCGGAAACGGAAAACGGCGAAGGUCGCGCCGCUGUGAAUAAGAAUAGUUA